AUGUUCCCCGUCGACACCAUCCCAGCACAGUACUUCGAAGAGCGAGAGGCCGCAGAGGCAGCCAAGAGGUUGGCAAGACUCCAGCAACAAUCUGCCACAGCACAAACAUCUCCACGACCGAACAGCCUCAGCACAGUCUUCUCGCAACGACCUGAGAUGUCGAGACCGUCGUCAUCCAGCGUGCUGGGCAACAUCUUCCAAGGCUUUGUACGAGCAACGUCACAACCUCCAAGCGAGAGGUCUUGCGCAAGUGGAACAUCUACACCCUGCCAGACCCCGCCAGCUAAGGUCAUGACCCAGGCAGAUAUCGAGGCCGCCAUGGCUGCCGAGAGGAAGAAGGAUGCGGAUAUUGUGAGCUUCAGGGCGUGGUAA